AUGGGCAAAUCGAAAUUUCCUGGAAAACCAUCGAAAUCUCAGAAUAAGAAAUAUAUCAGUGUAUUGACCGGUGAAGUGAUUUGUGAAGGAGAUGUGUCCAUUACAAACGACAAACUUUCUGUUUUGCACAAAACAUUUAGCGAUCAGGAUGUUCAUUCAAUCGAUCCAGAAUCUCCUCUACAUGUAAAUUCUCCUACACCUGAAUGUAAUGAUGAAAUUAAAACACAAAAUAUGCAGAAGGAAAGUAGACAGGAAUCAAAAUCCAGUAUUAGAAUAAAAAACCAACAAACAAAAGACGACAAAGAUGAAAAUACUUUGAAUAAAAAAAUUAAAAAGUCUGUUACUUUUCGCAGAGUGCUUGAAUCAUAUAGUGAUAGUGUUGGUAAUAAGAAGAAAAAACCUUUUAAUAAUCAUAACGCUCCUUUGAUUUCUAUAAUCAAAAAGAGUUCUUCAAUCUAUAAAAGUGAAGGAAUCGUAAAGCCAUCGAAAUUAAGUGACAUCAGUAGUAAAUUUGGUUUGAACAGCAAUCCAUUAUUCAAUCAGAAAAAACAGUUUGAAGAUACAAAAGAUAAAGAAUUUUGUGGAGCAGUUGGUGGCUUUGCACUGCCUAUCCGAAGUGCACAUUCAUCUCGUGUUAUUAAACCAAAUAAGAGAUUUAUAGAGACUGAAGAUGUAGAAGAUAGUGAUACUAAAAUUUUUAUAAAAAAGCCACGCUUGCCGCUACUGAAUGAUGAAGCUGGUGACGACUGUGAUAAUCCAUCAUCUAAUGAUUCUAUUGAAGAAUUUGCAAUUAACAAUAAUUCAGAAAUUUCUAGUAGUAGGUUUUUGUGGCAUUCGUUGCGGCCUAAUGUUGAUAAAUUGAUGUUCUCAAAGAAAUUGCCUGUAUUAGAAUCAGCUGAAAAUGACAAUACAUCUGACCAGGGAAGUAGUUCUGAUUCUCAAGUGGAAUCAUCCGAUGAUGAAGAUGCAUAUUCUAAUGGUGAAUUGGAGCCUAAAACUGUCUUGAAUCAGGCACCCCUAAAAGCUGUCACCUCACUUGGAAAAAAUAUUUUGAGAAAAGCUCGGCUGCAACUACAAGACACGAUUCCUGUAGGAAAUGAUGGUCCAUUUUCAUCAAGCAUAUCAUUAAAUAAUACAGUAAGUCCACCUGCAACAAUAACAUGUGGUGUUUGUGGAGCCGUUCGCUAUUAUCGUUUUGCAAAGCAAGCUCGAAAAUUUGGUAUUUACUCUUGUGAAUCAUGUAGAAAGUUUAUAUCAAAAAUGGUGAGAAAACAAACAGUUACUUUUUUAAAAACAGAUCCAGUGAUACUUCAAUGUCACAAAGGAGAUGGUCUCUGCCAUGUACCCCCAAUAGUGAGAAGUCCACAAUGGAAAUUACUUACAAGAUGUGCUUACAAAGCCCGAUGUCCGGCUUGCUGGUUAAAAAUGUGUCUUCGAUGUUUUGAAAUACAACCAACAAUUCAAUCAAAAUUAAUAACUUGUUUACCUCAAAAUAUGAGAGAUGCAGCUAUGCAAAAUUUGCCUAAAUUAGAAAUAGAAAACAAUCCUCCAACCUCUAAAUUAUUUCCUCCAAAGUUGUGCUUGCCAAAUUUGGAACAAGAAAACAAUAAUCAGAAAAUAUUUGAUUCUACGAAUAAAAGUGCACCAAAGUGGUCACAAGAACUUGUAGAACAAAAAGAUUCUGAUAUUUUUCCUCCUGUGAUAAAAGAUAUUAACGACACAACCAAAUUGCCAGAUCCUGAGAAAACUGAAAACAGUUCUGAAAUUUGUGAAGAAGAAAAAACUAUAGAAAAUAAGAGAAGAAAUAUUAAUGUGAGGGUGCGUAAAAAAACAGAGGUUAUAACAGAAGUAAAACCUGCAGCUUCUACUACCAUUGAUACUGCAAAACGGCAAAGAAUAGAUUUGAAAGGUCCACGGGUCAAACAUGUUUGUAGGUCUGCAUCAAUUGUUUUGGGUCAACCUUUAGCCACAUUCUCAAAUGAUGGUGAACCAGAAACACCUGAUACACCUGAAACAAUUAUUGGCAUAUCAGAUGAGAAGAUAUCAGAACCUAAUAAAGCACCUGAAAUAUUAACACCUAUUGAUAUAUUACCAGAAAAAACUAUUGAUAAAGGUGGCACUGGGUUGGAAAAUGCAGAAUUGAAAACUGAUGAUAAAUUGCAGUCAUCUCCUUUGCCAAGUGUUGAUAAAAAUAAAAUAGUGGAUAUUCCUGAAGAAAGUAAUUUUGCAGAACAAAUAACUGAUUCUGCUAAUGAUAGUCAAAGUAUUGUCAGUGCAGACAGUGAAGCUGUGUGCAGCACAAUUGAUAAAAUUGUUACAGAGAAGAAAAUAGUUGAUAAAAAAUCUAUAGAACCAGACAUCACUACUAUUUCUAGAAAGGCCAUAAGAAAUAUAAAUUCAGUAUCUUACUAUAAUUCUGCAAAGAAAAUAGCCAGCCAACUACUGAAUCCAAUAUCUGUUGAUUUUUGGGAAAAUUAUGAUCCUGUAGAAGUGAAUCGUGCUGGUUUCGGGCUCAUUGGAUCAGAUUUUCUCAGUGUCAUGUCAAUUUGUUUUCUGUGUGGUGCUUCAGGUACUGGAGAUGACAAAAUGAUUUACUGUGUAUGCUGUUGUCAGCCUUAUCAUCGAUAUUGCGUUGAAGACAAUAUUGUUAAUUUUUAUUAUGGAAGUUCCAAUGGCACUGAAUUGAUGGAGACAAGUAUGUUAGAUUGCAGUAUCAACAGUUUAUCACCACACCAAAACAAUGUUUGGCGUUUCAAUUGGUUGUGCCCACGUUGUACAGUGUGUCAAGUAUGCAGUCAAGUCUCUGGAAGUAAAUUAAAUUGUCGCAAGUGCCAUCGAUCAUAUCAUUCAAAAUGUGUCAAAUCUAAAAGUAACAAACAGUCUUAUAGUUCAGACAGACCAUGGAUUUGUCCACCAUGUUUGAAAUGCAAAAGUUGUGGUAGUGCAUCAGUUGCCAAGUAUGUUGGUAAUAUGCCAUUAUGUUCUGGCUGCUUCAAAUUGCGACAAAAAGGCAGUUUUUGUCCUUUGUGUCAGAAGUGUUAUGAAGACAAUGAUUUUAAUACAAAGAUGAUGGAAUGUGGAGAGUGUAAACGAUGGAUUCAUGCACACUGUGAGGGUCUGAGCGAUGAAAAAUAUCAGCUGCUUAGCAUUUUACCUGAAUCUAUAGAAUUUGUUUGCAGGAAAUGUUUUGUGGGCACAAAUUCUUGUUGGAGAGAUGCUAUUGAUAUGGAAUUAAAAAAUGGUUUUCAAACAAUUCUUCGUGCUCUGAGUAAAAACCGUGAUGCUUGUGCUUUGCUAAAAUGGAGUCCUCGCAAAAAAAGCAUAUGCUCAUGUCAACCCAUAAUAUCUGCAAAAAAUAUAAAGUUCCAUUCAAUAAAACAUUCUGAAUCUUCUAAUGAAGAUUUAAUCAAAUGCAAUGAGAAAUUGUCUGAAUAUUCUAUAUCCACCAUUGGAAACAAUUCACCAGAUGCUGAUAAAGAAAAUGAAUGUAAAAGCAAUGAAGCGCCAAGUGCUAUGGAUUUGGAAUUACAAAAUGCUAUUUCAAGUAUUGAGUUUACUGAAACUUAUAAACAAGAUAAUGCAGAAUGUGAAAUUACAAAAGGUGAACUGAAUAAAUCAUAUUCAACAAAUGCUUGUUGUUGUGGAUUUGAUUUAAAAAAUCAAGCUCCAUCACUUUUAGAUAUAAAAAGAAAAGUUUUAUGCAGUGAAUAUUCAUCUUUACUAGAUUUUAAUAAGGAUAUGAUUAAAGCAAUUGAAUUUACAAACUGUGAGAAUUUAUAUGAUAUUUAUAACAAUAUCGUCCAUGAUAGUUUCCCAUGGUUCACUAGUGAUUCAAAAUUAAGUUCAGAAAAUAAAUCAGAUGAAGAAUUUGAACAAAAUAAGGAAAUAAUUAUAAAUGAAAAAUCUAAUGAACUCAAUGAUCAAGAAGUACCCUAUGAUACUAUAACCUUUGAUGGAGAAAGUUAUUUUUAUGAUGAUCAUGUACCUCAGUUAGACUUACGAUUGUGUUUACUUUGUAAAGGAGCUGGAGAUGGAUUACCUUCAAAUGAGUCCAGAUUACUCUAUUGUGGACUCAAUGAAUGGGUUCAUGCAAAUUGUGCUUUAUGGUCUGCUGAAGUUUUUGAAGAAAUAGAUGGUUCUCUACAAAAUGUACACAGUGCCAUUUCUAGAGGAAAGUUAAUACGCUGUACGCAUUGUCAUAUGAAAGGUGCGAGUGUUGGAUGUUGUGCUAGAAACUGCAGUGACACUUUUCAUUACCCAUGUGCUCGAAACUUUGGUUGUGCCUUUAUGGAUGAUAAAACAGUGUAUUGUCCUCAACACAUUUCAGAAAAUGUCAAUAAAAAAUCCCAGCAGCAUGACAAGGAUUUUGAGAUAAAUAGACCUGUUUAUGUUGAAUUAGAUAGAAAGAAGAAAAAGAUAUUAGAAGCUAAUCGGGUGCAGUUAAGGGUUGGUUCAUUGCAUGUAAAAAAUUUGGGAAAGUUUGUGCCUCAUCUUUCUGAUACGUCAGAUGCUAUAGUACCUAUAAAUUUUGUUUGCUCACGCAUGUUUUGGUCAACUAAGGAACCAUGGAAAAUUGUAGAGUAUUCGAUCAAAACUUCAGUUUUUAUCAAAAAAACAAAUAUGUCUAAUACUCUAGAAAGAAAUUUUACUGUUGAUCAUUCUCAAGAAGUUGCUGUUGUCCAGUGCAACUUGAAUGAAAUCAAAAACUUUCAUAGAUGUAUUGAAGACUCUGACCUAUCAAAUGAAUCAUCACCUGUUAAAAGUUCCAUGAAGAAUAAAAAUUUGAAUGUUGCUGAUGAAAGAUCUGUUAAAAUUGUUUUGGAUCAACUCAUUGAUACAGCCAGUAGAUAUGAGGAAGAAAUUUGUGAUGAAGAACCUCAAAAUACAGCUGAUCUUUUAUCGCCUGAGCUUGAAGAUGAGAUUUAUGAAGAUCUCCAAGAUGAUUUGUUAGAUGGUAUAUCAAUGCUGGAUUUGUUUCCAAAAUUAAUGAACUAUGAAGAUUUUGUAUCAAUGGAUGGAAGAGAUGGAAUGAGAGACAGGGAAGAUAAUACUGAAAAUAGGUUUGACGCUUUUGGUCGAGUUAGAAAAGAUGUUGAUAGUAAUCAGAAUGAUUCAUGGUUUGACUAUAAAACAUCUGACUUGAUUGAUGAUUUAUUUUCUGCAUCGAAGAGCUCAAAGUUAUGUAGGGAACUAAAAAGAAGUAAAUCCGAAGUUUUACCGCAUACAAAGAAAGGAACUUCACUCAAUAAUAGAGUCCAUCAGAGGUCUUGUAGUUUAUCAUGGAAUUAUAAAUUGGAUGGUAAUCCAAAUUUGAAACGCAGAAAACCCACUCAGAAUCGCAAUCCUUUUUCUCUGUCUGUAGAUAGUUCACAAUCAUGUCAGGAAACGAAAAAGCUUGAAAUUACUAUUAAACCAAAUAAUGAAAACAAAUUCAUUAGUGAAAACGUUGAUUUUGUCAAAGAUGAUCCAAUUAAUAAGAUAAAAUUUAAUAAUGAGCAAAGCAAUGAAACAUUUCCUUCAAAUACUAAUAAUAUCAAAGCAGCCGCUCUAGAAAAGAUUAAAAUUUCUCAACUGGAUGGAACAGAUGAUACCUUAGAUGGAAGUGAUUAUGGAUCGCCUGCACAUCAAAUGGAAUUUAAUUCAAAUUCUCACAUUUUUCAGAAUAAUUUCAUUACAAAUGAAAUUCCAGUAAAGUGCAAUAGAUGCCAGUGUACUUAUCGUAACCAGGAUUCAUUUCAAAGGCACUUACCUUCUUGUGAGUCACUUACUAGCGAAAGUGAGUCAGAGCCAUCUCAUUCACCAGAUCAGGGACAGGAAACCGUAACCAUAAAUCAAAAUGGUGUUGUCAUAAUGCAAAAUUUAUCCUCAUCAAAUGCUCAAUUCAUGUCUGAUCAUCAGCAGCAAAAUAUUUCAAAUGUGUCAAUGCAAAUGCCUAAUGUUCAAAAUCAAACACCCAUAUCAAUUCUACCAAAUUUUAGCAAUCAGAUUAGUUUCAACGGUGCCAUGAUACAGAAUACCAGCAAUAAUAAUUCUGUAGUUUCUUUUGAUUGUGGAAGUAAUCUACAAAAUGUUGUGUUAACACCUGCACAAGCAAAUAUACAGUUUGGACAAGGACCAAAACAAUUGUUUUCUCAUCCACAAACCAUUCAAAUUGAUCCUAAUCAACGACAACAGCAAAAUGUUAUACAGGAUCAAAAUAUCACUCAAUUUCAACAAAAUCCAACAAAUAUGUAUCCUAUGAAUUUAAAUCAAAUUCAAAAUCAAAUACAAAAUAACUCACAAAUUAUUCAUGCAUUGCCGAAUAACAUAUCUAUAAACCAAUUACAAAAUCAUCCAACGAUUGUGAAAACUCAAAAUACUGUGAAUUAUCAAUUGCCACAACAAGCUCAAAAUACAGCUCAGCCUAAAAUCAUAACAUUUUCUAAUUCGCAACCAAUUUUAACGCAAAAUACGCCACAAAUACAACCAUUCACCAUAGGACAGAGUGCGCCGAUGCUGAAUUUUACAGUGAAUCAACCAAUGUUAUCAUCACCACAGAAAAAACAGUUAAUUUUACCUCACACAACAAAAACAUCUCCAAAACGUCAAGCUAUAGUUAGAAUGCCUAUUCCUAAUAACAGAGGUCGUACGAAAACUGCACCUAAGGUAAACAACAUCAAGCGGCCACUUCGACCAGAUAAGCCCAUUAUAACUAAUCAAGGAAUACAGUUAAAUAGGCCUUUGGUAAUUCAACAAAUGCAAAAUCAGAAUCCUAUAAUUGUUCAGCAGUUGCCUAAUUCUUCAAAUGUUAUGUCUUAUGUUGAAGCUGUACAACAGCAGAAUAGCAAUGUACAAUUUAUAACAGUGAAUCCAGAUAAUGAAUUUAAACAGUCUACUCAAUACCUUACUGCUAAUCCAUUAGUUCCUGGGACAUUUCAGUUACACACUGAUCAAAGUAAUUUAUUAACAUUAGCUCCGAACGGUAGUCUGUCUGUGCUUCCUAAUAUGCAAUUAACCCAAACACAACCAACAGUUCUUGGCACGAUAAUACAGCCUCAGACUAAUGGUUUACAAUGUGGCAUGCUUUCUGAAUCAUUGUUAUUACAACCUGCACCUUUGGAGAUGGUCACAGAUGCAAAUGGAUGCAUGUAUCUAACAAGUCAACCUAUGUAUUAUGGAUUAGAAACAAUUGUGCAAAAUACAGUUAUGCAGUCCCAGCAAUUUGUAUCAACAGCAAUGCAAGGUAUGCUAUCUUCUAACAGUAGUUUUUCAGCAACAACUACACAAGUCUUUCAGGCAAGCAAGAUUGAACCAAUCGUUGAAGUUCCUAGUGGUUAUGUAGUAGUCAAUAAUAUGCAACCUGAUGGUAUCAUACAGCAGUCCCAACAGAACUUGAUUCAGGCAAUUCAGCCUCAAAAUAUUCAACAAAAUAGAAAUGAAUGCAUUAAUAACUUAGCUGGACCAAGUGGCAUUCAAACAAAUAAUCUUCCUAUACAGUUAAAUGCUUAUGAGUCAAUUCAACUCGAACAAAAACCGAUGCAGGUCAACACUAAUAAUGCAAAGAGCAAUAUGAAUUUACAAGUACCUGCCAUUUUACUACCAAAAACACAAAAUCAAGCAGUUAGUAAAGUAUUACCAGGAAAUAACAUUCAACAACCUAUAAAAAUUAGUAUUGAUAAUGAAAAUAAGCUGCAAAAAACGAACACUAAAGAUUUGAUACAACAGAUUCAUUUUGGCAACAAAAAUAUUAUUUCAGACACGUCGCAUUUGGUGCCGUGUUCACAAAAUAAUAUGCAAUUCUCUCAAAUUCAUUUUAAUAAGCAAAAUAUACCGGUUGUUUCUCAAAAUCAAGUGGCUGUAGAGCAACCAAGAUUAGUGCAAAAAUCUCAAGUAGUAAACCCUGUUGUGGAACCAAGAAUUGUUACAAUUAAGAAAAAAGAAGUUACAGUUCCAGUGAAUAAAAUCAUCAAAAGCAAUAUUAAUAAUGUAACCACAAAAGCCAACACUCACUUGGUUCAGCCCAUUCAAAAUAAAUCUAUGCCCUUGUUAAAUAAUGAUUGCAAUGCGCCGCUGAGACAGCCACUAGUAUGCAGUUCACCCUCUAUUCGCAGUACUCAAAAUGAAGCAAAGAAUCAAAUUCAACAAAUAGUUCAACCUAUUAUAAAGAGCAGCAGCGCCCAAUGUGCACCUAAAGUCCUGAGUUCGAAUCAGAUUCAAUUACCUAAUACAAUGUUUGUACAGUCUAGUCAUGCAGGUAUUCCUACAAACAUUGUAAAUCCAAUUCAGCAGGUGUCAAGUUGUGUCUCCAAUGUCACCCCAGCAAGGCCUAUGAAUAGAGUUUUACCAAUGCAAACGUGUUUGCAAAAAGACAAUGCCAGUAACAAUAAGCCAGUAUCCUCGUGUAUUGAGGCCCAGCAGACACCACGAACGGAAUCCAAAAUUAAUAACGUGGAACCUACAAUUGAAAAACCAAUUUUAGAACCCAAAAUUACAGAAAUUAAUGUAGAUGUCAUAAAACCACAGAUAGAGCAUACAGAAAAAGAAGCACCUUCUACUUGUGAUCUUCAAAAGAACAUAUCUCCAUUAGAAGUUUUGCAAGUUGAUACAUCAAAACCCGCUACAAACCCUCUUAAGGUUUUGAAUGGAAAUAUAAAACCCAAACCACUUUUGGAGAAGUCUGUGACCUAUAAAAUGAAUAACAGUAAUAUUUUUAUUCCGCCGAAUACAAACACACUUCCUCCUAAACGUAAUAGGAAACCCAAAAUAUCGAGGUCAAAGGAAAACGAUCCCAAAAUGAUAUUCGAAAUUCAUUCUCAAGAUGGUUUUACAUAUACGUCGCAUUCUAUUUCUGAUUUGUGGUUGAAGGUUUUAGAAGCAGUACAGAAGGCAAGAAAAUCGUAUGGUUUGGCACCAUUACCCCAAGAAUCAGUUAAAGCGCAAUUGGGCUACCAAAUUCUAGGAUUAGACAACAAUGCUCUAAGAUAUUUAGUAGAACAAUUACCUGAUACAAAUAAAUGUUCGAAAUAUAAACAUCGUUAUCACAAACCUCAAAGUUCUGAUCUCGAUUACGAAAGUUCUUUAGACAUUUUAAAGGAAAAUGCUAGUGGUGCAAUUCGUUGUGAAGCUUUCAAAAAAAGAUCUGAUUAUGAUAUGUUUAGUUGGUUGGCAUCGAAGCACCGACAAAGGCCGCUACCUACAUCACAGUUUGAUAAUGAAAUUACUUCCGUUAGGCGAGUCUCGAGUACUAAUCUGCCAAUUGCAAUGAGAUACAGAUAUUUGAAGGAAACAUCAAAGGAAUCUGUGGGUGUAUUUAGAUCACUUAUUCAUGGCAGGGGCUUAUUCUGUAGGCGCGAUAUUGAAUUAGGUGAAAUGGUAAUAGAAUAUGCAGGAGAAGUCAUUAGGGCAACUUUAACUGAUAAGCGUGAGAAAUAUUAUGAUGGCAAAGGAAUUGGCUGCUACAUGUUUCGCAUUGAUGACCAGUUUGUUGUUGAUGCUACCAUGAGAGGAAAUGCAGCCCGUUUUAUUAACCAUUCUUGUGAACCUAAUUGCUAUUCAAAAGUAAUUGAUGUGCUAGGACAUAAGCACAUUGUGAUAUUUGCUUUGCGUCGCAUAUUGCAAGGCGAGGAACUUACUUACGAUUAUAAAUUUCCUUUUGAGGACGUCAAAAUACCAUGCUCUUGUGGUUCCAGGAAAUGUCGCAAAUAUUUAAAUUAGUACCACGAUA